AUGGUACUACUUGUUCCGAAUCUUUUCAUCCUCAUCUUUUUCUGUAUGGUGGGGGUCUCGCAAGCCCAACUUAGAACUGGGUUCUAUGUCGAUUCUUGCCCGGAUGCUGAGAAUAUUGUGAGACAAGUUGUUCGUGAUGCCAUUUCCGCCGACAAGAAUCAAGCUGCGAGGUUGCUCAGGAUGCAUUUCCAUGAUUGUUUUGUUGAGGGCUGCGAGGGAUCAAUCCUAAUUGACAAUGGCUCCAAUCCUGAGAAAGGAGCAUUUGGGCAUCAGGGUGUUGGAGGUUUUGAAGUGAUAGAGAAAGCAAAAGCAGAGCUGGAAGCCGCUUGUCCAAGGGUUGUUUCUUGCGCUGAUAUUGUAGCUCUGGCUGCUAGAGACGCUAUUGUUCUGAGCAAUGGACCUUCUUAUGAAGUUGAAACGGGAAGAAGAGAUGGGCUAGUUUCGGAGGUGUCACUGGCGGAUGAUAUGCCGGAUGUUGAUGAUUCAAUUGAUGUACUCAAGACCAAAUUCCGGAAGAAAGGCCUCACGGACAAAGACCUCGUCGUUCUCAGCGCUGCACAUACAAUUGGAACCGCGGCGUGUUUCUUCAUGACAAACAGGCUGUACAAGUUCACGCCAAACGGAGGCUCUGACCCUUCCAUAAACCCUCAGAUUCUACCGGAGCUGACCAAAACGUGUCCCAACGGCGGCGACGUAGAUACCCGGUUGCCGAUGGACCGCGGCAGCGAGGACACCUUCGACAACCACAUCCUCGACAACAUCCGAAGCGGCGCGGCGGUUCUCCGGUCGGACGCCCAGCUGUAUCAAGAUGCUUCCACACGGGCGGUGGUGGAUUCUUAUUUUAGUUUGUUUGCUCCCAUGUUUGGGCCGUCAUUUGAGGAUGAUUUUGCUAAUGCAAUGGUGAAGUUGGGCCGGAUCGGCGUCAAGACAGGGUCUCAGGGAACCAUCCGGCGUGUUUGUGCAAAUUUCGAUUAA